GGCUCCACAUACGCUUGGAUUAUAGUCGCGUGUGCCGCGUUCAACAUGAUGUGCACAUUUGGGAUUACCAACAGCUUUGGCGUAUUCUCCACCUACUACAUCAACUUUAUCUACCCUGAUGUAUCUACUGCAAACAUUGCUUGGAUCGGCACCGCAAUGACCUUUUUCACGCUCAGCGGAUCUGUAUUCACUGGACCCUUGACGGACAAGUUUGGAUUUCGCGCGGUCCCACUAGUUGGCACCACCAUAUGCAGCAUUGCAUUGCUGCUGGCAUCGUUCACCAAUGCGCUCUGGCAGCUUGUGCUUACACAGGGGGUUAUGUUUGGAAUUGGUGCUGCCCUUAUAUAUGCGCCAUCGGUGUCCCUUGCCUCGCAAUGGCACGACAAGACUCGACCGUUGGCGACUGGCAUUGCUGUUGCCGGGAGUGGUGCUGGCGGUAUGCUUUUCACCGAGAUCACACAAACGCUGAUGGAGUCUGUUGGCUACAAGUGGACCCUGCGUAUUCUUGCGCUGAUAUUGCUAUGUAUCAGCGGAUCGGCAGGGCUCUUUUAUAAGCGACGG